GCGCCCGAGCUCCGCCGCACCGCCUCUUUCCCGGCGUGCCCCGCGCCGGCCGGGGCGUCCCCGGAAGGUGGUGGGGAGCGGGUGAGUGGUACCGACGGGGCCGGGGCCGGAGUGAACCGGGCAGUGGUUAGCAGAGAAGCUGUUCUGCUAUCAGCGUGCUUAGAUUGCUGCAGAAGUGUCUCUGAAAAUCGGAGUGCAUGUAAUCUACAAUUUCUUCUCCCAGGCUUUGAUAGAAGCUUGUCUCUGGAAGUCCGCAAAGGAGCAAAGAACAGAAUGACUACUUUGGAUGAUAAAAUGCUUGGUGAGAAGCUUCAGUACUACUACAGCAGUAGUGAGGGUGAGGAUGAAGACAGUGAGAAAGAAGACAAAGAAGGGGAAAGCACCAUUCCUGAAAGCGUUGGGGAAGUAGAGCUUAGCAGCGAUGGCAGUGCAGUCAAUACAGGUCCCAAGGGAGUCAUUAAUGACUGGCGAAGAUUUAAGCAACUGGAAACUGAACAGCGGCAGGAGCAGCGCAGAGAGAUGGAACGACUUAUUAAAAAGUUAUCUAUGACAUGUAGAUCUCACUUAGAUGAAGAAACUGAUAAGCAUAAACAGAAAGAGCUUCAGGAAAAAAUCAAUGGAAAGAUGACAUUACAAGAAUACAACAUGAUUCACAAUGAUGAGGACGAUGAGGAGUUUUUACAGCGGUACAGGAAGCAGCGGAUGGAGGAGAUGAGACAGCAGUUGUACAGUGGGCAGCAGUUCAAACAGGUCUUUGAGAUUACCAGUGGAGAAGCAUUUUUGGACACCAUUGAUAAAGAACAUAAGAGCACACUGAUCAUGAUCCAUAUUUAUGAAGAUGAUAUUCCUGGCACCGAGUCUCUGAAUGGCUGCAUGAUCUGCCUGGCUGCUGAGUACCCAACAGUGAAGUUCUGCAGAGUCAAGAGUUCGCUCAUCGGCGCCAGCGCGCGCUUCACUAACAACGCUCUGCCAGCCUUGCUGAUCUAUAAGGCAGGGGAGCUCAUCGGCAAUUUUGUGCGAAUCACUGACCAGCUUGGAGAAGAUUUUUUUGCUGUAGACCUGGAGGCUUUUCUGCAGGAGUGUGGCUUGCUUCCAGAAAAAGACCUAGUGCUCCUGACUUCCAUACAUAAUCCAUCUGCGUGUUACAGUGAGGACAGUGAUCUGGAAAUAGACUGAGCCACUUGUACUGCAGCCAGUAGGUGUAGUUGUACUGUGGGAUGUUCUUGUGCUAGGCAUUGUUUCCUUCCAUUCUUCUCUCUCAACUGUUUUUGUUGCCCAAUGACAUGGAUCUUGAAAGUUCUCAUUGUCCCCAAAAACCCAGGGUGAUCCCCACUUCUGGGCAGCACUGGCUGAGCCUAUUUGCCUCUUUAGGAGCAUUACUACUACUGAAUGUGGCAGCUGCAUGUGGCACUUCGCUCCAGCACCCUUGUCUUUACUGUUUGUUCAUGAUUAUGUUUCGUUGAGGUGUGUUUAUUUAUUACCACACAACAGUGUGGGUUGGAAGGGACCUCUGGAGAUCACCUAGUCACCUGCCAGAGCAGGUUUAGUUAGAACAGGUUGCACAGGAUGGUAUCCAGGCAGGUUUGGAAUGACGCUAGAGAUGGAACCUGCUCCACUUCUCUGCACAGCCUGUUUCAGUGCUCUGCCAGCUUCAAAGUAGUUUCUCCUCAUGUUUAAGUCCAACUUUCUAUGCUGCAGUUUGUGCCUGUUACCUCUUACCUUGUCACAGUGCACCACUGAAAAAAGAGUGGCCUCAUCCUCCUGACACCCACUCUUUAAGUAUUUAUAAGCUUUGAGAAGAUCCCGCCUCAGUCUUCUCCAGGCUGCAAAGCCCCAAAUUCCUUCAGCCUUUUGUUUGUGCUCUGCUCCCUUCCUAAAUCAAAUUAAAAUAUAGGGAAGUAAUUUUCAAGGUUUCUGUUCCAUUAAAGUCCACCAUGCCUCCAGCAAGGCUGAUGCUAUGUAGCUAUGAGAUAACCUGGCUUAUAGUGUUAGAAGCCAGUGACAAUUUAUAGCAAAUGCAAGCAGAAAACCCUCAGAUGAUGCAGGGUGAGGAAAAGGCUUUACUGGGCAGACUGCUAUGGCUGAGUUGCUGGAGCCAUGUACCUAGUGCUAAGGAGCACAGUGACUGUGUGUGCUCUGUACUUAGUUGUUAUUGGAGCGUUCUCUGCAUACUUAAUUGGAUACUACAACACGUUUGCUUUCUCACACAUUGCUUAUUUUGCCUGUUAUUUUUUAAUUUUGAGGAAAGUAGACUGUCAUUAGCUAAAUAUAUGACCCAGUGUAAUGCCAUGUUUUAUGAUUAAAUAUAAUUGCAAGUUUUAUGUAAGGCACUUUGGAACACCAGGAAGAAAUGCAAAUGUCUCUGUGUAAGCAGUGGGUUCUUGCUAAGAACGGAUCUUGGAUAGAAAAAGAAGAAUUUGUAAUUGUAUCUGUUUGAACUGUGUUUUAAAAAGUAGUCUAAGCAGAAAAAUAAAGAAUUUGUAAUUAAAAAUUA